CUCCCAGCAGCUGAAGCGUGCAGCAUGGGCGGCCCCGGCACCACACCGCUUGAACUCCGGCCUGCCCAUGAAUAUCGGGGUGCUCUUUGUGCCGCAGCAGGAGGCGUGGGUGGUGGAGAGGAUGGGCAAGUUCCACCGAAUCCUUGAGCCUGGUUUGAACUUCCUCAUCCCUCUGCUGGAUCGAAUUCGUUACGUACAGAGUCUCAAAGAAAUUGUCAUUAAUGUCCCAGAGCAGUCAGCGGUCACCCUAGAUAACGUCACCCUGCAGAUCGAUGGUGUGCUUUACCUGCGGGUUAUGGACCCCUACAAGGCCAGCUAUGGGGUGGAAGAUCCUGAGUAUGCGGUGACUCAGCUGGCCCAGACCACCAUGAGAUCUGAACUUGGCAAGCUGUCACUUGACAGGGUCUUCCGGGAGCGGGAGUCCCUCAACGCCAACAUUGUGGAUGCUAUCAACCAGGCUUCAGACUGCUGGGGCAUUCGAUGUCUGCGCUACGAAAUCAAGGACAUCCACGUACCCCCACGUGUGAAGGAAUCCAUGCAGAUGCAGGUGGAGGCAGAGCGACGGAAGCGGGCGACAGUGCUGGAGUCAGAGGGGACGCGAGAGUCGGCUAUCAACGUGGCCGAGGGGCAGAAACAGGCCCAGAUCCUGGCAUCGGAAGCUGAGAAGGCUGAACAAAUCAACAAAGCUGCUGGAGAAGCCAACGCCAUGCUGGUCAAGGCCAGGGCCAAGGCGGAGGCCAUUCAGCUCCUGGCAGCUGCUUUGGCACAGCAGCACGGCAAUGCUGCUGCAUCUCUCUCCGUGGCAGAGCAGUAUGUGAACGCCUUCUCCAAGCUUGCCAAAGACUCCAACACUGUCCUGCUGCCCGCCAACACUGGUGACAUCACCAACAUGGUUGCACAGGUCA